UCCGUGAAGCUCAAGUAUGUCAAGCUUGGAUACCAAUACCUUGUUAACCACAUUAUCACACUCACCCUCGUUCCAAUCAUGCUGGGAGUCUCCAUUGAGAUUCUACGCUUAGGCCCCCAAGAGAUCCUUAAUCUCUGGAAUUCCCUGCACUUCAACCUCGUUCAGAUCCUCUGCUCCGCUUUCCUCAUCAUCUUCGUUGCCACCGUCUACUUCAUGUCAAAGCCACGCACAAUUUACCUCGUUGACUAUGCUUGCUUCAAGCCACCGGUAACAUGCCGGGUCCCCUUCGCCACCUUCAUGGAGCACUCAAGGCUCAUCCUCAAGAACAACCCCAAGAGUGUGGAGUUCCAGAUGAGGAUCCUUGAGCGCUCCGGCCUCGGCGAAGAGACCUGUCUUCCUCCUGCCAUUCACUACAUCCCUCCCAAGCCUACCAUGGAGGCGGCUCGCGGCGAGGCCGAGCUUGUCAUCUUCUCAGCCAUGGACUCUUUGUUUAAGAAAACCGGCCUCAAGCCUAAGGAUAUCGACAUUCUCAUAGUGAAUUGCAGCCUCUUCUCUCCAACUCCUUCCUUGUCCGCCAUGGUUAUCAACAAGUACAAGCUCAGGAGCAACAUCAAGAGCUUCAACCUUUCGGGGAUGGGUUGCAGUGCGGGUCUCAUCUCCAUAGACCUAGCGCGCGAUCUUCUUCAGGUUCAUCCCAAUUCCAACGCCGUGGUUGUCAGCACUGAGAUUAUCACGCCCAACUACUACCAAGGCAACGAGAGAGCCAUGCUUCUUCCGAACUGCUUGUUCAGGAUGGGCGGCGCCGCCAUCCUCUUGUCGAACCGGAGAUCGGAACGGAGAAGAGCCAAGUACAGAUUGGUCCACGUGGUUAGAACUCACAAGGGUGCCGAUGACAAAGCCUACCGUUGUGUGUUCGAGGAAGAAGACAAAGAAGGAAAGGUUGGGAUUUCGCUGUCCAAAGACCUCAUGGCCAUUGCAGGGGAAGCUUUGAAGUCCAACAUCACAACCAUGGGUCCGCUUGUUCUUCCGGCAUCGGAGCAGCUUCUCUUCCUUCUGACACUCAUUGGGAGGAAAAUCUUCAACCCUAAGUGGAAGCCAUACAUCCCUGACUUCAAGCAAGCUUUCGAGCACUUCUGCAUCCACGCGGGUGGACGCGCUGUUAUCGACGAGUUGCAGAAGAAUCUUCAACUGUCGACGGAGCACGUGGAAGCUUCCAGAAUGACCCUUCACAGGUUCGGCAACACUUCGUCUUCUUCUCUGUGGUAUGAACUGAACUACAUUGAAUCCAAAGGGAGGAUGAAGAAAGGGGAUAGGGUGUGGCAGAUUGCUUUCGGGAGUGGGUUCAAAUGCAACAGCGCCGUGUGGAAGUGUAACAAGACCAUUAAGACCCCCAUUGAUGGACCUUGGGCUGAUUGCAUUGAUCGUUACCCUGUUCACAUUCCUGAGAUCGUUAAGCUCUAGACACUCUUACACACGUACAGCCUUUCUUGCUUUCUUUCGAUGAAGAUCAAGAUGAUGAUUAAAUUAGUCAUGUUUUAAGCCCUGUGAUUUGUCUGUCAUACUUGUUAUCUUUCAUAUUUGUAUUAUUGUUAUUUUUCAAUCGACUUACAAGACACUUUGCAUGCAACUUCUUUGUGGAUUCAAAAUACAACUCCAAUUUCCUAAGCUUGUAAUUAGGACUUGAUCAUCAAGUGUCAGAAGUAAUUCAAGUGUAUGUAUUUGUGUAAUUAAUUGAGUCGUCAGAUCGAAUCACUGUAACAUUAUUAAACCGGUGAUAAUAAAUUAGUAAUUGCCUGUUUGUGCACUAAAA